AGCACCUGACCAACCAUCUCAGAGCUGAAAACUUCAGACGGAGAUCCCAUUUAUCUGAAGCAGAACCUGAACUGAUCCCAGACCAGCCAUGAACAGAGCCAUCUUCCUACUGGCAGUGCUGUGUCAGGCCUUUUCCUGUCAGCCAAUCACAGACAGCCAGCGUCUGUUCUCCAUCGCGGUGAACCGAGUGCAACACCUCCACCUGCUGGCGCAGAGGCUCUUCUCCGGCUUUGAGAACUCUCUGCAGACAGAGGAGCAACGUCAACUCAACAAAAUCUUCCUGCAGGAUUUCUGCAACUCUGAUUACAUCAUCAGUCCCAUUGACAAGCAUGAGACGCAACGCAGCUCUGUUCUGAAGCUGCUGUCAAUCUCCUAUCGAUUGGUGGAGUCCUGGGAGUUGCCCAGUCGUUUGCUGCCUGGAGGGUCAGGGAUUCCACCAAAACUAGUUGAACUGAAGACAGGAAUACUGCUGCUCAUCAGGGCCAAUCAGGAUGCAGCAGAAAUCUUCACAGAUUCCUCGUCCCUGCAGCUGGCACCAUUUGGAAAUUAUUAUCAGAACGUGGGGGCCGACGAGUCAUCGAGACAAAACUACGAACUGUUGGCCUGCUUUAAGAAGGACAUGCACAAGGUGGAGACUUACCUGACAGUUGCCAAAUGUCGACUUUCUCCAGAGGCAAACUGCACUCUGUAGCCCGGCCUAUGCGGCUCGAAGUGCCGCCCCCUCUUGGUGAUGCGGUCUUUAUUGAUCCUCCAUGUGCAAUAUUAGCAGAUUUUCCUGACAAGUAUUAGCAUUAGCAUUAGCAUUAGCAUAAUCAUAGCAUCCGGUUUUUGUGUCAGUUCAGGUUGUAAUGAUGUCAUCAGGUUUAUGGUGUCACUGUGAUGAAAGCUGUGAAAAGAAUGUGAUGUCACACUAGCAGCAUGUGAAAUAAAAUGUGAACUAAA